AUAAAACUACUUCUUUAUAUAUAUGUACACACUCACACAUACAAGAGUCAUCUAGAUUAUUCACUCACACAAUCUACAAACCUAGUUCUUAAUCACAAAAAAACCAGAGAAAGACCAAGAAGAAGUCAUGGCGAGAUCACCAUACUAUGGCUCAUCGUACUUAGAUUACCUUUCUCUACCAAACCCACAUCUGUGUUUCUUCUUCAUCGUCGUCUUCUUUGUGUUCUCCCUCACAUGGUACUUGAACUGCGAGUCCGUCCUCGAAGACACCCUGGACCAGCUCAAGCUCUUCCUCAUGUUCACCCCUCUCUUCCUCCUCCUCCUCGUCCACUUCUUCUCCGGUGGCCUUUCCUUCUACGUCCCCUGGCCUGAACAAGACUCCAUCCACCGUGCUGGUUCUUCCCCUUGGGGCGUAGCAGCCGUGCUCGUCCUCAUCUUGUUCAUGGUCUCGUACCAGUCUGAUUUCCAGGAGAGGUGGUUCCCGUUUGGGGCUAAGUAGAUGGAUCGAAGUUUACGAACCAGCUUUAGUUAUCCCCUAACGAGAUAUGGAACAGUAAUGUAAAAUAUCAAAGUACCCUGAGUAAUACGGUAAUAAGAGACUGUAUGUAUUUUUGUUUAAGAUGAAAGAUUUAGAGCUGUUAUGUGAAACUUAGAUAUGUGUAGUAAUGAAACUUUUUCCGAAGGUCUUAAUUAUCAAGAUAUUAUGUAUGUAUAGAGUGAACUUGUCUUGUCUCAGCGGAUGUUCUUGAAUUUUUUCGUUAAGUGUCUGUUGUUAAUUAAUGAGAUAGAGUGAUAUUUUUGGAUGCAACAGAAAAGUUUGAUGGAUGGCUCCUAAACUAA